UCUAAGAAAAUGUAAUUAACAAUUGCAGGAGAAAAGGAAAAGGUUGAGAACAUUAGAGGCAUGAUUUAGAAAGCAGCUUAAAGAAGCACGACAAACAAUUCAGAUAAUACUCUACAAAAACACAAUAGUCAAACUCAAUAGCAAUGGAUGGGGCAUAACAAUAAAUACUCUGAACCUAUUCUGAAUCUAGGUUACUGUCUGAAGAAAGAUCUUGACCCGAAACGUCAUCCAUUCCUUCUCUCCAGAGAUGCCCCUUAGAAUAAAGGGGAGGCCAUUUAAGACUGAGGUGAGAAAAAACGUUUUCACCCAGAGAGUUGUGAAUUUGUGGAAUUCCCUGCCACAGAGGGCAGUGGAGGCCAAGUCAUGGAUGGAUUUAAGAGAGAGUUAGAUAGAGCUCUAGGGGCUAGUGGAAUCAAGGGAUAUGGGGAGAAGGCAGGCACGGGUUAUUGAUUGGGGCCGAUCAGCCAUGAUCACAAUGAAUGGCUGUGCUGGCUUGAAGGGCCGAAUCGCCUCCUCCUGCACCUAUUUUCUAUGUUUCUAUGCUGCCUGUCCCACUGAGUUACUCCAACAUUCUGUGUCUAUCUUCGGUGUAAACCAGCAUCUGUUGUUCCUUCCUACACAAUGUUUUCUGGAGAGCAGUACAAUGAGUUGUGGGUACAAUAUCUUUGUGUGACUGUAAUGACCGCAUCUCUAACUUGAAGAGCAGCUCCUCGGUUUCAGUUGACAGAGGUACAGUGAAGAGCUUGUGUCCAGAUUGCGUCUCUCUGCUCCACUGACAGUCAACUGUACAUAUUAAUUUGCUCUGACCUUCCAUGUAGUUACAAUGUCGCUGUACAAUCACAUCUCUAUCUUUCAGCGGCUUCAAAUAAACAGACUAUGGAAUUUCCUGGAAUUGGAAAUCUGUCUUCAAUUAAUGAAACGUGUGGCUCCAGGAUUGAACGAUUCACCCGGAUAGUCGGUGGGACAAACGCAGCGAAUGGCGAGUGGCCAUGGCAGGUUAGCCUGCAGAUUGGGAGUCACGUUUGUGGAGCUUCCAUCAUCUCCGACCGAUGGCUCGUCUCUGCCGCUCACUGCUUCCCGAGUGCGUAUGCCCACACCUCAUAUUGGAAAGCUUACAUGGGGUCUGUGAUGCUUGGAGAAGGAAUGUCCAGAGGCAUCAUAAGAAUUGUGACCCACCCCAACUACAGCAUCCCGAGGAGCUUCAACAAUGACAUUGCCGUAUUGGAACUCUCUUCCCCUCUCAUCUUCAAUGACUUCAUCCAGCCUAUCUGCCUGCCGCCCAGCAACAAGGUGUUCCCACCUGACAAAAGAUGCACCAUCACAGGCUGGGGAACACUUGCCUACGAAGGUUAGAUGUUCCUAAAUGUAAAAUGUUGGCUUCAUUCUGUCAAUGCUAUCAUUCUACUGUUCUGCAAUGCAAUUCGAACCACUGAUCUGUAAAACUGAUGCACUACAAUGCUGCAAUCUUCCCCUCUGCUCCACCUAUUGGACUUGAGUUUGACUUGGUUGUAUGUGUGUAGCAUUAUCUGAUCUGAUUGGGGGAGAGCAUGCAAAG